AUGCUUUUGGCUGGAGUCACUGAAGACAACUGCUUUGCGUGUGACUCCAGCCAAGGGUCUUAUCAGGGAGUACCUUUCGAGCAUGAGAGCCAAAGUGGCCAAGAUGUGAUGACAGUUUUAUCCGAAAAACGGUCAAGACGGCUCACAUGCGACAGUGCUUCUGUGUGGGCGUGCAAAGUGAUUACACGCCUGACGGCUCAAGGGCGCCAAUCUUCUUCCGCGAUCGACAGCCGACGAAGUAGUUUUGUGCCGAAUUUUGCGCGUGCUGGACUGACCAUGGACUUGCUGGCUCUUAUGCAACCGCUGGGUAUUCUCGCAGCAUCUUUCGUUGGCUUCAUAGUGAUCUUCAAGAGGCGCUCGCAGAAACAUCGCAUGGGUCACUACACGCUGCCCGAAUGGAACUUCUUCCUGAAGCAGCGCUGGGCGGAGAAGAUAAUCCGUCGGAGGCUUCAGGAAGAGGAUCCCGGAGAGAAUUUCUUCAGUGUUCACCCAGAUGAUCAAGUGCACACGCUCGAGAGGGACGGAAGUGUGGAGAGUCUGCAGUUCUACGGGACUGAUUCUCAGGGAAAUGAGCUCCUGGUCAGAAUUUCCCGCCGAAAGUCUCGAGCGGCAGAUGUGGUGAUGUGUCUGAGGCUGGAGAGUGGGGAAAUCUUCACUCUCCCUCAGCAUCCAGAUACCAGAAUUCCCACUGGCAACAUAGAGGAGGCUUUCGAGGUCGCUGGUCUGCAGUUCCAGUGUCUGGAUGCGAACUCUCGCUGGAGGAUCGUCUUCGCGGGAUAUUUGAGACGAGGAAUUCGCCAGGAGUGGUCAACUACCGUUAAGGAUGACGAGUUGGUGUUCGUGCGGUUGAAUUUCAUCUGGGGAGCAGCAUCUGAACCCUUUGCCUGGCCCUGGUCGUGGAGCCCAAAGCUCAUGGCAUCAGCUCUGGCCACUGAACCUUGGCUGGACGGCAGGUGGAGCAACAUGCUGCCGCUCAGUGUCCAAGGAGUGGAUCAAUUUGGCAGUCUUCUCGGACAGAUCAGCAUAGCCGAAGGUCCCAUCAUAGAACUGAACCUUCCGGGAUCCAGGGAGAAGCGCUGGGGCAUCGAGAGAACGGAUAAUCUUCAUCGCUCCGCAACUUUCUGGAUUUCCUGUCAUGACGGAUUGGUUUUUACACUUAACACAAUCAGCUUCAGUGACGGACUUACGCACGUGCAAUCUGGGAAUGUUCGCGUGCCAUGCGGCGACGUUUACGCCAUUGACUGGAGUGACUUUCAUCUCUCAUCUCUGGCUGAACACCCCAAAAGUCUUCCUCGAGCUUUGACAUUCAGAUUUUCCAGUGAAGGAAGAAAUUUCACAGCUGUUCUGCAUUUCCACCUGGAUCAGAUUCUUCCACUGCAAGGCGGACGUCCGCUUGAGUGGUUUUCCCGUCUCGUCUCCUUCCAGGCCACAGUGAAUGGCAUUCCAGGACGCGGGAGUGUUUGUCUUUUCUAUCCCGAGUCCUUCAUGGAAGUCAAUCUGCCAUAUCCCGUGGAGGAAGGCCGCUGCCGACGGUUGAGGUACAAGGAUAUCAAGCCCGGAAGGAGGCUGGUGGUGAAACUGACUGACACGGAUGCUCAGAGUGUGGCUGUGGCCGGUGGGAAAGGAGCAAGCUUGGCACUGCUCACAUGUGCCGCUGAGAAUGGAAACUUCACAGUUCCUGGAGGAUUCAUUGUCACCUCAGCGGCGUACAAGCUUCAGAUGCACACCAAUCAGGAAGUGCAGAGUCUCUUGGAGAUAAUCGAGAAUAUUUGUGGAGGAGAAAUUGAGGGUGAUCUCAAGGAAUCGUGUUCCAAAGUCACAGAGAUGAUAAGCAAUUUGACUUUGCGAGAAGAGAUUCUGAAGGAUAUCAAUGAUUCACUGUCUGAAGCCACAGGAAGUGAUUCAGAUGACAACACAGGAGAUUUUGAAGUGGUACGAGAAAUCAGAUAUGCCGUGAGGAGCAGCGGGAUCAGUGAAGAUGGCAGCGAUGCUUCGGCUGCUGGCCAGAAUGAGACAUUCUUAGGUUUGUCCAGUGCCGAAGAGAUCCUGAAGGCCAUUGUCAAAUGCUGGGCUUCUCUGUACACCUUCCAGAGUGUCCAGUAUCGGCGGCAGAACACACAGCCCAUCAUCACCGAGAUGGCUGUGGUUGUCCAGCAAAUGGUGUCUGCAGAUGUGGCGGGAGUGCUGUUCUCUCGUCAUCCCUCCACGGGAAAUCCCAGCCAUGUCCUCAUUACAGCCAACUAUGGCCUGGGCGAGUCUGUGGUGUCAGGAGAAGUCGAUCCGGAUGUCUUUGUAGUGAAGAGAAACUUCCACGACACGGAAUUCAGGCUGAUUGAGACGAGUAUUGGCAAGAAGGAGUACAAAAUCAGAAUGGCGCCGAAUGGAAAGGACGUGGAGAAGGUUCCUCUGGAUGAGGAUGUCCAGAAGAGCACUUGUCUCAGUGAGAAGUUGAUCGUCAAAAUCACGGAAAUCGGUGUGCGCCUUGAGCAGCUCUACGGAAAUCCUCGGGAUAUCGAAUGGGCGACUUUUGAUGGAAAGAUUUAUCUGCUACAGUCGCGUCCUAUCACUUCUCUGGACGCGUUUACAGACUGGGAGUUGGCGCAUGAGUAUGAUUAUGCAGUGAUGAGUCCGGAAGAUGCCAGAUCCACGGCGAACGUCCAGGAAGUGUUUCCAGGUUGCACAGCUCCACUUUCCCUCCUCGUGGUGGCUAAGUUGAUCGAUGAGGCGACUUUCCAGCAAUACACGGGCUUCAAAUCCUCUAAACUGCUUUUCAAUGUCUUUUGGCUUGCCACAUAUCAACUUGGCUUCGAGGUAUACAAUUUAAUACUGCGACAACCUGAAGAGAAAAUGCAGGCAAUGCAGAAAGUUUUUGACUUGGCAAUUAUGGGCAAGGAAUUCAUGACCGAAGAGGUUCUAAAGAUUGGAAUUCAUAGGCGAGGAAUUGUCAGCAAAUGGGAGAAGACCAAAUUGUUGACGCAGCUUCUGUCCCAGAUUCUAAACAAUGGCUCGAGAUCAAAGCGAGGCGUGGUUGUGGCGAAAUCCUUCAAGAACGAGUACUCUCCUGAGAGUCUGGAGAGGUUCUCGACAGCUGCUGAACUGUACGAGGACAUCAAGGGGAAUUACGACUGUUUCAAGAAGAUGGCCGAGAUUCAUGGUGCCGUUUCGCAAGUGUCUGUAAUGUCUCAACUCGUCCUCAUCAUGGUGAUGAUGGAGGGAACUAAUGACCUGACGGAUGAACACCUCAACGAUCUGGCUCUCCUGCUCAGGUGCAGCAAGGAGGUGGAGUCAGCGGAGAUUCCCAAAAAUCUGGCAGAGAUUGGCAGGAAGAUCCUGGCAUCUGGACAAGCGGAGGAGUUCAGCAAGUUAAAUCCCAAAGAAGGCGUGACGUUUCUCGAGACAAACUGCCGUGAAGCGCACAAACUCUUCACAGACUUCAUCACCAAAAAUCACCACAGAGCUCUCAAGGAGUUCGACUUGGCCACAGAGACUUGGGGAAUGCGUCCAGAUAUCGUCAUUGGGAUGCUCCAGGCGAAUGUGAAGUUUGGAAAAGCUCCAGCAACAGCUUCCGCGGAGGACAAUGAGGACAUUGUUGAUCAGCUGCGAACGCCUAAGAGAAAACUUACGAAAACUAUCUUGAGACGCCUCGUGAGUCUGCUCAAGAAGUCCGUGCAGCGCCGAGAACUAUCCAAGAGCAACCUCAUCGCUGUUGUGCAUGAGUUUCGGAUGGCUUAUCGCCACAUGGGGCGUCUUAUGGUGGCCGAAGGAAGGCUGUCUGAAGCGCAACUCAUCUUCUAUCUCGUCCCAGCAGAGAUUGAUCGACUGCUCAAGCACAGAGAUGCCAGAUUGGUGCACAAAGCCUCUCGGCGCCGAAGACUCAUGGCUCAGUGGGAGGACAUAAAGUUCCCAGAUAUACAAACUGGACUUCCGCGAUCACUCAACAGCAGUGUUAGCAUUCCCGAGGACAGUGGAGAGUGCAUUGUUCAGGGCACGACAGUUUGUCCGGGUUUAAUCACAGCGCGUGCUUGCGUGCUGAAGAGCUUCGCCGGAGUUGAUCAGAUUGAGCCAGGAGACAUCCUGAUAACGUACAGCACGGACAUCGGAUGGAGUCCGUACUUCCCGAUGCUGGGCGCUGUGGUGACGGAGUUGGGAGGCCUGAUCUCCCACGGAGCCGUGGUGGCCAGGGAGUACGGCCUGCCCUGCAUUGUGGCGGCCAAUGGAGCCACGGAUUACUUCAAGACGGGCGACAGAGUGACUCUGGACGCAGGACGAGGGGUCAUAUUUCGCACAGAGUUGCACUCUUGAGGCAUUCAUGGGAGAAAGUAUUUUACAUAAAUGUUUUUAAGUUCAUUGGAUGAAGCUUUAGAUCACAAGAUUGAAUUGUGAUUGUCAGGGAAGUCAAUUAGAAUGCUAGUGGAAUUAUUUGAUAUUCUUAUCACAAGUAGAAGAAUUUUUCAUAUAACAAGAGAUCGUCUUUAGAAAGCACACAAUUUAGUAUGAAUAAAUGGAAUUGGACAUUUUUUCAAUGAAAAAUA